UAGGCCUCAGGUCUCAUGAGGACUCAGGUCGCAGGGCCUGGGGGAGCGAGCCCUCCGCUGCGGCCACGGUGACGCUGCCCACAGGCCCUCACUGUGCACCCCUCCUGCCCCAUUUGGGGUCUGGAGCUGAGUUCACGGCCUGAGGAGGGACCGGCCUUCACCUCGAGGAGAAAACAGCGAGACAGGAGAGUGAAAGGCGAGCUACGGGAUGGAGAACACGCCUCAGGUGUCCGACCAGCAAUAGCAUGUAAAGUGAAGAAGAACCGCAAGCUGAUAAAAGAUAGACAACCCAAUAGAAAAAGAAAAAAACAGAGAAGCAACGGGCAAGGGAAGCCAGGCGCCCGGUGGCAUGUGGAGGUGGUGUCUGCAUUGGUCCUCAGGAGGUGCAGACGGGAGCUGCUCGCCCGGAACACCCGCCAGGACGCUGUGUGGAGACGCUGGGAAGCACAUGGUCGGGACGGAGCGAUGGAGCGAGCGGCCGGCUGGACGGCGAAUUGGCACAAGCACUUUGGGAGCCGUGUGCCCCGUCCGUGAAAGCUGGUCCCGAGCUGCCCCCGGCCAGUGCCACCUCUUCGAGGGACAGACACCCACAGCGCAGUGUCCCCAGUCACCGGGUCAGGUACGAGGAUGUGCACGCAGCAGCGCUGACAAUGGCCCCAGACGGAAGGCGCCGGGAGCGAGGUUAAUCAUUCAUCAGAUUCACACCACUGGAGGCGACAGGCUUUGAGAAGGACCAAACCCCAGCGCACACAGUGGACGCGGAGCUGGGGCUGCGGCUGCUGGCCCUUCUCUCGCCUCUGUCCCUCUGUCCCUCAGGGAGGAGGGAAGGGGUCCGAACUGGUGGCAGUCUCUUCUCUGCCCUGGGCCCCUGCCCUGGGCCUGGGUGUCACCCGGAGGCCCCGAGACCCCCCAGCAGCCCGGGAGGAGCGUGUGCUGGCCACGCCCUCAGCUGCAGCUCUGAGCCUGUGGUUUCCUGGUUUCCUGGUGCCCCGAGGUGACCUUCACAUGUGAUUGACAGUCCAGUCAGCAGGCUUGGACUGAAGCAGAUCGCCCUCCAUCGCGUGGUGGGCCUCAGCCAGUCAGCUGCAGCCUUGAGAAAAGACUGAGAUCCGCGAGGGCGAAGGAAUUCUACCUCCAGAUGCCUUCUGACUGGAGCUGCAACCUCAGCUUCCUGGGGCUCCAGCCAGCAGGACCCACAGUCACGGUGGGAAUCGAGGCAGUUGGUUUGAGGACUUCCUCCUGCUCGAGUGUAGGCACCAGUGCAGCCGCCCAACAGCCGCGUUCAUUCUCACCAGUUCUGGGCAGACCCAGAGGGCGAGGCCGGGUCCUUCGAGGACGUUUUGAAGUUCUGGCCACAACUCUUCUGAGAACAAAGACCCCGGCAUCUGCCUGGCUCUGCCUCCGGGCCUCGGAGAUUUACGGGGAGCGAGCACAGGAGAUGGGCUCUCACGGAGGAGACGGGGCAGGUGGACAGCACGUGUUUGGAGCAGGAGGCACGGAUCCCAGCGGGGCCUGGGGCCCACGUCCACCUCGAUGCAUCCUGCGUGGCUCACCGCCCCCCCCCGCCCAGCACCUCCUCAGCCUGAGGGAAGAGGAGUGUGGCACCGUGGGCCUGGGCCGUAGUUUGAGGACCCCUGCCCUGGACGGAGCGGCAGUGGCACGGCUUGUGCAGCGGCUCCCAGCGGCGGCCCUAGGAGAGGAGAGCAAACCUCACCCGAGCCAAGAGACCCUGUUGUCUCUGCAACAUCACACAGCACAGACCCGGGCUUCCUGGGGGCCCCGCGACCCCGAUCUCGGCCUCAGAGGCCAGUGAAAGAAGGAAAAAAAAAAAGAGACGAGGGCAAAAAUGAAGGUGAUGUGCCGCCCCUCAUCUGUGGAUGCUGAGUGAGUCCAGGAGGGCUUCCUGGUAGAGGUGACCUUCAGGCAGGCCCUUCUCUGCAGACAUCAGACCAGGACUCUGCAACUGUGUGGAAAUGAAUUCUGCCAACGCCCUGCCCGGACCCCCUGGGGGGUGGGGCGUCCCGACGAGGACCCGGCCCAAAUCUCCUGAGCUCAGCCUGGGUGGCGGGCAGAGGACCGGCUGAGUCACUCCGAACGCUGGACGCCAGAAAUGCCUUCCAGCCUCUGGUCAGUGCUGCACGGCCGGGGAAAAGGACUACACACAGGAGCUAUAUUUAGACAAAUGUCUGAAUUCACAAGUUCUUGGUGAGAUACAUACGAGUUUGAGAGUCAGCAUUUACCCUUGUUCCGGAUUUGUGCCGUGGGGCACUGAGGAGGAUUCUUAGAAAUAAAUGCUGUGGAAAGGCCA